AGCACGGCUCUCAACUAAAGCUCAGGCCCCGGAGACCGCCGGUGCGACCCAAGAAAGCAAUCCAAAUGUUUGCAGCACAUGCGGCGUGGAUCGCAGCAAGAUGCCAGGCGGAUGCGAUGGGGAAGGGAGGGUGAUUGGAGGCAUGGGAGCGUUGCCGGGAUUCGGGUGGUGGCCGAUCAAGGCAUACAAGCCCUGUCCAGCGCUUACCGAAGCUGGACUUGAAUACACCAGGAAGGGGCAGAUGACGAACGAUGUUCUUUUCGGCGGUGUCAGUCUUGGGCCUCAAGGCGCACAGAGCUUGGAUGAGAUCAAGCGGACGGCUGACAAGGGGAUCCGCAUUAAGUAGCUGCAUGCGGGAAAAGAGCGGGGUAGAUGGGUCCAUGCAUUGUUGGAAUCGGCUGCAUGGCCUUGCAACUUGGAGCGGAGGAAGUUGGAGGGGCUGUUACUGGGGGUGGUGAACUGUUUUUGACCAUUGCCUUAGUCCGUGAUGGGCUGUUGGCGUAUUUUUAAACCUAUGGCUGCUUCAACAGGGCCAGCAUUGUUCCGCAUUGGUGUGCUUGAGGAACCAUAUGGCUUAGGUAGUAGGGCUGAACUAACCGGUGAAAGGAAGCCGUUUCAGUAAGAGAGAGAGUAGUAGAGAGAGCGCCUGUGCUAGGGCAGUUGGGGGGCUUGCUUGAUGUGGCAUGCUCGGAUAUUGUACAGUGUUAGCAUGGGUCACGAGCAUGGGUAUUGGCGGUGCCAACUUUGGCAUUCGAUUGAACGCCGUCAAGGGUUAGAUGUGCACCAACCAUCAACCAACAAAUACGAUAUCCGUAUUUAAGCUUUCACAGCUUGUCGA